GGGGAGAGCAAGGACUUGUUGUUCAUCCUGACAGCCAAGUAUAACGCCUGCAUCCUCGAGUACAAGCAGAACGGGGACAGCAUUGAUAUUAUAACCCGUGCGCAUGGCAACGUGCAGGAUCGCAUCGGUCGUCCCUCAGAGACCGGCAUAAUUGGCAUCAUUGACCCAGAGUGCCGGAUGAUCGGCCUGCGGCUCUAUGAUGGCCUUUUCAAGGUCAUUCCCCUGGACCGGGAGAACAAGGAGUUAAAGGCUUUUAACAUCCGCCUGGAAGAGCUCCAAGUCAUCGAUGUGAAGUUUCUCUAUGGCUGCCAGGCUCCGACCAUCUGCUUCGUCUACCAGGACCCUCAGGGUCGCCAUGUCAAGACAUACGAGGUGUCGCUGCGCGAGAAGGAGUUUAACAAAGGUCCUUGGAAACAGGAGAACGUAGAGGCUGAAGCCUCCAUGGUCAUCGCAGUGCCAGAGCCUUUUGGAGGCGCGAUCAUCAUUGGGCAGGAGUCUAUCACCUAUCACAACGGAGAUAAAUAUCUAGCUAUAGCUCCACCUAUCAUCAAGCAAAGUACGAUUGUGUGCCACAACCGUGUGGAUCCCAAUGGGUCCCGUUACUUGCUGGGGGACAUGGAAGGACGCCUCUUCAUGCUGCUCCUGGAGAAGGAGGAACAGAUGGACGGCACUGUCACCUUGAAGGACCUGCGCGUGGAACUGCUUGGCGAGACAUCCAUUGCAGAGUGCUUGACCUACCUGGACAAUGGAGUUGUGUUCGUCGGUUCUCGUCUUGGGGAUUCCCAGCUUGUGAAGCUCAACGUGGACAGCAACGAGCAGGGCUCCUACGUGGUGGCUAUGGAGACCUUCACCAACCUCGGUCCCAUCGUUGACAUGUGUGUGGUAGACCUGGAAAGACAAGGCCAAGGACAGCUGGUCACAUGCUCGGGUGCAUUUAAAGAGGGUUCACUGCGGAUCAUCCGGAACGGCAUUGGGAUUCAUGAGCACGCCAGCAUUGACUUGCCAGGGAUUAAAGGCUUGUGGCCCCUGAGGUCGGACUCUCAUCGUGAAACGGACAAUACGUUGGUGCUGUCCUUUGUUGGCCAGACCAGGGUUCUUAUGUUAAAUGGAGAGGAAGUAGAAGAAACGGAGCUCACAGGGUUUGUAGAUGAUCAGCAGACUUUCUUCUGCGGCAACGUGGCACAUCAGCAAUUGAUCCAGAUCACCUCUGCCUCUGUGAGACUGGUUAGUCAGGAGCCCAAAGCCCUGGUGAGCGAGUGGAAAGAGCCCAAUGGAAAGAACAUCAGCGUGGCUUCCUGUAACAGUAACCAGGUAGUGGUGGCUGUGGGACGAGCCCUGUACUACCUGGAGAUCCGACCGCAGGAGCUCAGGCAGAUCAGCUGCACAGAAAUGGAGCAUGAAGUUGCCUGCCUGGACAUCACCCCUUUGGGGGACACGAACGGCAUGUCCCCACUGUGUGCAAUCGGGCUCUGGACUGACAUCUCUGCCCGCAUCCUAAAGCUGCCUUCGUUUGAGCUGCUGCACAAAGAGAUGCUGGGAGGAGAAAUUAUCCCUCGCUCCAUCCUGAUGACGACCUUCGAGAGCAGCCAUUACCUUCUGUGUGCCCUGGGAGACGGAGCUCUCUUCUACUUUGGGCUCAGCCUCGAGACAGGCUUGCUGAGUGACCGAAAGAAGGUGACUCUUGGGACCCAGCCCACCGUCCUGAGGACUUUCCGCUCUCUGUCCACCACCAACGUGUUUGCCUGCUCUGACCGUCCCACCGUCAUCUACAGCAGUAACCACAAGCUGGUCUUCUCCAAUGUCAACCUGAAGGAGGUGAACUACAUGUGUCCUCUCAACUCAGAUGGGUAUCCUGACAGCUUGGCGUUGGCCAAUAACAGCACCUUGACAAUCGGCACCAUUGAUGAGAUCCAGAAGCUGCACAUCCGCACGGUUCCCCUCUAUGAAUCGCCCAGGAAGAUCUGCUACCAAGAGGUAUCGCAGUGUUUUGGCGUGCUCUCAAGUCGCAUUGAGGUGCAGGAUGCCAGUGGGGGCACCACUGCUCUCAGACCCAGCGCCAGCACCCAGGCCCUGUCCAGCAGUGUGAGCACCAGCAAGCUGUUCUCCAGCAGCACAGCACCACAUGAGACGUCCUUCGGAGAAGAGGUGGAGGUGCACAACCUGCUCAUCAUAGAUCAGCACACCUUCGAAGUGCUUCAUGCUCACCAGUUUCUGCAAAACGAGUACGCCCUCAGCCUGGUCUCUUGCAAGCUUGGCAAGGAUCCAAACACCUACUUUAUCGUGGGCACCGCCAUGGUAUAUCCCGAGGAGGCAGAGCCCAAACAGGGCCGCAUCGUUGUCUUCCACUACUCUGACGGGAAGCUGCAGAGCCUGGCUGAGAAGGAGGUCAAGGGGGCUGUGUAUUCCAUGGUGGAGUUCAAUGGGAAGCUGUUAGCCAGCAUCAACAGCACGGUGCGCCUGUAUGAGUGGACAGCAGAGAAAGAGCUACGCACAGAGUGCAACCAUUACAACAACAUCAUGGCGCUCUACCUGAAGACCAAAGGAGACUUCAUCCUCGUGGGAGAUCUGAUGCGGUCUGUCCUCCUCCUUGCAUACAAGCCCAUGGAAGGAAAUUUCGAGGAGAUUGCCCGAGAUUUCAAUCCAAACUGGAUGAGUGCUGUGGAGAUCCUGGACGACGACAACUUCUUGGGAGCAGAAAACGCUUUCAAUUUGUUUGUGUGCCAGAAGGACAGUGCGGCCACGACCGAUGAGGAACGCCAGCACUUGCAGGAGGUGGGACUAUCCCAUCUGGGAGAGUUCGUCAAUGUCUUCUGUCACGGGUCUCUGGUCAUGCAGAAUCUGGGUGAGACGUCCACACCAACGCAGGGCUCAGUUCUCUUCGGCACAGUCAACGGCAUGAUCGGACUGGUGACCUCGCUGUCGGAGAGCUGGUACAACCUCCUCCUGGACAUGCAGAACAGGCUGAAUAAAGUCAUCAAGAGCGUGGGCAAGAUUGAGCACUCCUUCUGGAGAUCAUUUCACACCGAACGCAAGACAGAACCGGCUACGGGGUUCAUCGAUGGUGACCUGAUUGAAAGCUUCCUGGACAUCAGCAGGCCCAAGAUGCAGGAGGUGGUGGCAAACUUGCAGAUCGACGACGGCAGCGGCAUGAAGAGGGAGGCCACCGUAGACGACCUGAUAAAGAUCGUGGAGGAGCUGACCCGGAUCCAUUAG